UCGUGGUGGACCCCUUUUUUCCUGUCACACGGACCUUGGGAGCUUUGGUCUAGGGAAUGACAGCGUGUAGUUCUGCGUGGGUCAAAUUAAGUUAGAACAAAAGCUAGAGUAGAGCCGGGUGUUGUAGCUGGUGUACGCCUGUAAUCCCAGCAUUCGUGGGCUGAGGCAUGCGGAUCUCUGUGAGUUUGGGACUAGCUUGGUCUGUAUAGUGAAUUCCACGCCAGUCACGGCUAAAUAGUGAAACUUUGUCUCAUUUACUAAAAAUAGGGGGAAACACCAAGGUAGACACCAAUUCUAUUUUUUUCCUGUGACCUUCCUACAGUGCUGGACCAGGAUCCCUUCCUUGCGUAUGUUUUAAGCCCCCACCGAGUGUGUGGCCAAAGUCAAGCUCUACAUGUCACUGGGUUUGUGAGCUGAGGGGUUUUAGUUCAGCUUCUUGGUAACCUUCCUGGUCAUCAGCUUCAGCCCACAGAGUCGAUUUUGUUCUCUUACAUAUGAGGAAACUGAGGCCCAGAGAGGUUAAGUGUAUUGGCCAAAGUCAAAGAGCUAGUAAGUGAUGGAGCCAGGACUCAAACUCAGCUUAGGAGCAAUGUCCACCUUGUUCCCUUCACUCUUCCCUCGUGUGACUGAGACACUGUGGUUUAAUCUGGAUCGACCCUGUGUGGAGGAGACAGAGCUGCAGCAGCAGGAGCAGCAGCAUCAGGCCUGGCUCCAAAGCAUCGCAGAGAAAGACAACAACCUGGUACCUAUUGGCAAGCCUGCCUCAGAGCAGCACUACGAUGACGAGGAAGAAGAGGAUGAUGAAGAUGACGAGGACAGUGAAGAGGAUUCAGAGGAUGAUGAGGACAUGCAGGACAUGGAUGAGAUGAAUGACUACAAUGAGUCACCUGAUGAUGGAGAGGUCAAUGAGGUGGACAUGGAAGGCAACGAACAAGAUCAGGACCAGUGGAUGAUCUAGGUAGACAAGCCAAGGUGCCCUCAGUGUGAUUCCAGAGCACCCCAACCUAUUUUGAAUCCACAGCCGCAGCCUUCAGCCUGCAGAACCAGCUUGUGGCUGUAGUGCCUAAAGCUUUCCCUUAGGCACUUCCUCAGCUGCUGCCAGGACGAGCUCUCCUUGGGCCCUUCCAGGCCAUCAGUCUUCCCUUGAAUCCCAAAAGCCUGAGCCCAUCCCACCAUCCUGGCUGGUACCUCACUCCUUGGCUGCCAGGUGUGGUCCCUUUCUAACCUUCUUUAAUAAAGACACAGGACUGAUUCUUUC